CAAACCUCCUCUUCUACGGCUCCUUUAUAAUUUUCUUCAUCAAUAGCCUUGCUUGAUGAGUGAUGGAGCUAACUCGGCUCGUGAUAACCUGGACUACGGUCCCGGUCUUGCUACUCCUGUCUGUGGCUGUAAUUUUAGCUUUUGUGCUACGGAGAUUAUUCUUCCACCCACUUUCGAAAUAUCCAGGUCCAUGGUAUCGCAGCAUCUCGGAGGUACCACUGGUCUGCAACCUAAUCGGAGGGAAGCAGUAUGCAUGCUAUAAAAGGCUACAUGAAAAAUAUGGGCCCGUUGUACGAGUGGCUCCGAACGAACUCAGCUUCUUGACCGGCACGGCGAUGGAGGACAUAUACGGGCUGCGCAAUCCCACACAGAAGGAUCGAAAAUGGAUUGGUGCCAUCCUACCCAGGCCGCCGUAUCCCAUGACCUCCGCGCCACGGGAUAUCCAUGCCAGACAACGCCGUGCAUUUGCCAGCGUUUUCACGAACUCAGCCCUCCUGAACGAAGAAAAGAUCAUCCAGGGACAAGUAGACGAGCUGAUUACCGCCUUUUACAGAAAGGUCGACGAGAACGGUGGAGCGGCAGUCGUUGACAUGCUUGGUUGGGGCAAGUUCUACUCAUUCGACGUCAUCGGCCUCCUGGCUUUUGGGGCCCCCUUCGGCUGCCUGAAAAGCGAGGCCAACAUCAAAUGGUCGCGCAACAUUGGGCUAUCCAUCAUGAUGGGCGCAUACGAACAAGCCUCCGUCCGCCUCGUGGGUUUCGACUCCCCACUCCAGCCUCCCCUGGUGAAGCUCCUAGCCCCGGCGAAGUACUACAACGCUCGCACAUAUCAUUCAGAGAAGAGCCUCAAGGCGAUCCAGAAUAGUUUAGCCGACACGGACCGUGAUCAUAAAGAUUUUGUGUACCACAUCCUCAAAGCAAACGACCAUCGGCGCCUGCUCUCGGAUGGUGAGAUCCAGAAGAACCUGGUGACCUUCAUCAUAGCAGGCAGCGAGACAGUGGGUUGGAACCUGGCUAUCUGGUCAUAUUGGAUGGGCACCCAUCGAAAUGUCUAUUACAAACUCCGGGAUUUAAUCCGAGAGAAGUUCGCCAGGUCUGAGGACAUCAACUGGACCGCGCUCAAGGACAUCAAGUAUCUCAGCGCUGUGAUACGCGAGAGCAUGCGUCUCUUAGGGACUUCCAUCCAGCGCAUCCGCGUCGUGCCCGAGGGUGGAAAGUCCAUCGACGGGCAUUGGAUUCCAGGGGGUACUACUGUUGCCGUGGCGGAAUACGCUGCGGCGCACUCCGAGAUGAACUUCAAAGACCCGUGGUCCUUCCGUCCUGAGAGGUGGAUGGACCCGGAUUGUAAGGAUAAUCUAAGCAUGUCGAAGCCAUUCGCGUAUGGGCCCCGGGACUGUAUUGGGAAGAACCUGGCGGGUAUUGAGCUGCGGUUGGCUAUUGCGCAUAUCCUCUGGCACUUUGAUCUGGAUGUCGAUCUCGAGGACGAGGGGAAUAAGAAGUGGAGUCCGGAGAAUGACUUUGAGCAUUUGUAUUCUUUUAUUGGCUUCGAGUUUCCGCCGCUGUGGACCAAGUUGACUAAGGCGAACAGACCGGGGUUACUAUAGGGGUGACAUUGAACUUUGAUGACUGGAUUAGCUAGCCAUUCACUUAUAACGGCUUUUAGAAUAUGGAUAGAGACCUCGAGAAUGGUGGCUGGGAGGAUUUCGUUGUCAAAUGGGGCGACUGGCAUGUAACGUGGCCACACAAGCCAUGCCAGCGUCUGUUGUGUACAAAUUACGAUGAGCUAACAGUUGAUAUAACGUGUAAAGUUAAACUUUGAAA